GACCAUAAAUUGAGCUGUUAAAUUCCGUUGUAUCAUGGUUCUUACGUGUAGUUCACAGAGUUGUGGUAGCGAGCACCAGAAUGGUACAAUAACUGCUCUGGCAACAAGUAGUGACGUACUACAGAAACCAAUGUCAACACAACAAUCCCCCUCGCCGAUGCAACCACCAGUACCUCAAAACUCAUGCUGUUUAGUAUGUGGCGAUAAAUCAUCAGGUUUUCAUUAUGGUGUGUUAGCUUGUGAAGGGUGUAAGGGCUUUUUUAGAAGGAGCAGCAAGCGUGACAAAGAAUACACAUGUCGCCAUGGCAACGGGCAUUGUACAAUUGGGAGAAUGAAUAGAAAUCGCUGUCAACAUUGCCGCUUCAAGAAAUGUCUGGCUGUCGGAAUGUCAAGAGAAGGUAACUGUAAGACUGUUCGAUAUGGUCGAGUCCCACAGAGGACAAAGGUCAAAGGUUCCGGUGCCACAUCCAAUCGGAAGAAGAGUACAGACUCCGAGUACGGAGCCAGCGACGGCGACGACAUUCCACAUUUGCCUCAACCACCGAUCAACGGACAGACUUAUGAUCUAUCAACGAUUCCGCCUAGUGGAGAUUCGUUAAGACUCAAACAAGCCGAGAUGUAUGAUUUAGUUAGUACAGUGUCUUACGCAUUCCGUAUGACAUGUAUGUACACACAGAACAACACACCUUACCUCAGAGAUUUCACUUUCACUCAGGAUAACUGCCAGCUUUCUUCAAGCAACAAUGAUGGGAUGGAUCUGAUCGGCCGACGGACGUGGCUCCAGCUCGCUGAGCUUCUCGACCAGGCAGUCAGCGGACAAGUAGAAUUUGCCAAAGCUAUUCCUGGAUUCCGUAAUCUAUCUCAAGAUGACCAGCUUCUACUUCUCAAAGCUAGUUUCUUUGAGUUGUGGGUUAUACGAGUCUCACCACUCGUUAUGGCUAUGAGUCCAACGAACGGAGCUUUGCAUGGUAUGGGUGCCCAGGCAACUCCACUAACCAGUCCAUCGGGAGGCUCGGUGCUAUGGCAACAACUUUGUCAGUUACUAUCUAGAGAUCUGUUUGGGAUGAUGUCUACGUUUGCUCAUGAGUUAAAUCAGUUGUUUCUUUUAGAGACUGAAGUUUCGUUGUUUGCUUCUUCUCUUUUGACUGCAAGAGAUAUACCAGGUCUGGCCAACCCGACCCUUGUUGCAGAGUUACAAGACCAGCUGUUUGAAGCACUUCGUAUCCAGGUGGAAGGGAACCACCCUCCUAGCAACCCGCCCUUCAUCAGCACUCUGGUGAACAAGGUUCACGUCUUGAGGCGUAUUGGAGCUAUGCAUCGUGACUAUGUUAUGGGAUGCGUGCAACGUUGGCCUGAUCUGUGUUCCAGUCUACCCGCCCUCUAUGCUGAGAUGAUGGAUAUAAGUAUGCAGUAAAAUGUUGCAGAGGUGGGAUUGGAAGGUGGCAGGAGUAGGAUCAGUAUUUUUGCAAAGUUAAUGUCAUUGGAUUGAGGGAGCAGAGUCAAUUAUAAUAAAUCUGGCUUUUAAAAUCUAAGUAACACUGUAUCUGAUUGGUGGGGAAUAGUGUGUAAUCUUGUAACAAGAGCUGUGAUUGGACAAUGUUGUUUAAACUUGUUGUGAUUUGUCAGUUGUCUUGGAGGUUACGUAAUUGAACUCGAUAAAAAAAUCAAUAACAAUAAAGUGUUGAAUCGAUGUAGUAGGUCUGUGUGUCUCACAAACUUAUAAUAGCCAGGCUGUGUGAUUGGUUGUGAGUGUGUUAAGUAACAUUUUUCAGCCAAUCAGAAUAAAUGGUAUAACUUUGCUCUCUGCUGGGAAAGAUUUGCAAGAAGCGGUAAAAGUGUAAACAUAGAGUGUGUUGACUUGUUAGCGCCAACUGAAUUCCGGCUUCGACCAUUGUGAUUAUUUUCGCAAUGUUAUCCGUCCGCACUUGGAGAUUUUUGUGCACGGAUUAAACAAAAAUAUACAAAUUACGGCAGGGAUUUUAUUCUUUAUGGAUCAGAUUAAUAAUUGAUGUUUAUUGUGUGAAAAUAAUUGAGAGAUUAGAGACUAAGAAUUGCACAUUGUUAUAGUAAAAUAUAAACUUGUAUGUAGCUUUUUAUGUAGAAAAUAGCGUUGUUGUCACCUGAGGUGUUCUGUGUAUAAUAUAGCAGCUAUCAUGGUCUGAUUCCUAGACUACUACACUUAGUAGAACAUUAGAAGUCAUUAGGCACCAGAGCUUCUGAAAAACACAUUUUAUUUUUUACAAGUAAAUUUAUGUCCGGGAAAAGAUCUGGAGUAGACAAUAAUUCAACAGAUUUUCAUUUUGAUUUGACUGAUAUUUUCAUGGAAUUUGUGAAGUAUUUCUAGGUGUUUCAAGUCAGUAUUUUGGUUAACUGUGACGGCUGUGAUGGGGUCUGUACUCGGCCUCCUUACCAUAGGCACCGAACCGAGCCACACCAAUACCUCUCGUCACUGACACCUGGAAGGGUAACACUAAAAAUCAACGCUGCCAAUGCGCACACCAACAACUUUUGAACGUUUGUAGGGUGCUAAGUAUGUACGUGUCAAAAUGCAAUUACUUGAAACAAAUAAAUCAUGGUUCUCCACGAUCACCUUAAACUACAUACAGUUUGACAUAUCACAAGUUGAAAGAAGAAUGAGAGGGGACCAGUUGGUUUAUGACUUGAUGCCUCUUUUGAUUUUGCACCUUGGGUACGUCUCUAACAGAGAUUGGAUCCACCACAAGAUGAAAUAAUUCACAGAUUUCAUCACAACAUCUUAUCUUAUUGCAGAUGAUUAUUCAAAGUAGAAAUGGGCAUUAAUGAAAAAUACAUUCAAUUGCAUUUUAAUCGCACUCAGCUUGCAAGCUUUUUUAGUAGCUGUAGAGAGCAUUUCAUCUUUUCUUUUGUUUUGUUUUGGGUUUUUAUUUUUUCUUCAUUUCAAAUCUUUGUAAAUUGUUUUCUUUCACCCCGAACCUCUAUAAGUUUUCUGAAAUAUUGUCUCAGAUUUGCAUGAUUAUUUUUCUACUCCUGUUCGAUAAGUUGAUAGGACACCUAGUACAAACUAAGGUUUAUUUUUUUUUUGCUUGAAAUAUUUUAGGCUAAGGCUUUUGAAAUUAAAUGAAAUUAAAGAGCAGCACCUUUUAUUAUGACAACAACAUCAAGAAUACUCAUUUGUUAUCAAAAACAUUUUAGUUUUUUAGCGUUGUUUUUCAAAGAGGUUUUUGAAAGAUUUUGUUUGAAGGAUAAUAAUUCCUUGACUUAAAAUAAAUUUAAAGAUAUGUUUAUUCAUAUCAUGCCACACACACAAAUAAUUUUUAUCUUAAAUGAAAAUUAUGAAAAACAGAAUUCAUUUUUUUUUUCAUCGAAAACAAAAUUAUGUCUGAAAUAGCAAAGGUUUAAUGUUGUCAAAAGUGUUUAGUUUAUUCACAUUUUAGUUUUUGAGAGUUUUUCAUGUCUUUCUUUACAAGCUUAAAAAGCUACUAUUGAAAUUGAGUGUCAUAAUUUGCCAGAACACCCAUACUUUUGUUGAUAUGUGCCAUGUUUUCUGUGCCAAACAUAAAAUCUUUUGCCCAGUUCGUUAAAAUCAAGGAAUAUUUAAUAUUCAUCAGUCCAAAAAUGUAGUUUGAUUUUUAAAACCUUUAGGUUUGGAGGAUCACUUGGGCUGAAAGGGAAACAAUUUCUUACAAAAUUUGGAGUAUUUUUUUUUAAGGAAAGAUUAGUGUCCAGAAUAUUUCAAAGUGGUUCAAAUUAUGAGUUUUUUGAGGUUUGAUUUGAUAGUUUGUUGAUUUUCCCAAAACAUCACUUAAAAGUUUGUAGGGUAUUUACUGAUAAACCAUGCUUUUCCGACAGUGUGAUCCUCUUGCAACACUUUGUUAAAUCGUCUUUAAUAAUCAUUCCAGAAUACUUUCCCCAUCUCGUGAGUUCUUCUCAACGCAUUUCAUUCCAAACUUAAUUUUCAACUAUUGUCUUAAGUUACCCAUGAAGAUUUCAAUACUAAUGUAACUCGUAAAACUCUAUGCAUUUUAAAAUAAUAUGGUGUGCAUUUGUUUUACUUUCGGUUCUUUUCUUUUUCAUUUCUGUUUAUUAUCCUCUACUUUGGUCAUGAAAGACUCACCCAUUUUGUGACUUAUUUGCAAAACAUUACAAACAAAUAUUUCUUAAGUUUGGCAAGCUUCUACAAUAUAAGAGUGAAAUAAUGAUUGGGUUUUAUAUUAUGUUGUAGAUACGUUUGGUUUGGUUUUUCUUGACGGGGCGUGGAUGUUUUUGGUAGGGGUUACUUAUGGUUCUUGAAGGACCUUUUUGAAUGGUUAAAGGAGAUGAAUUCUUAAAUAAAGCAAGCUUGCUUUCUUGUGUAGUAUGUUAACUCGGUCUGACUAAGUGGAAUGUUGCUUCGUCAGGCGCUUUUACCAGUAUGCUGAAAUAGGGGAAAGUAGAAUGCAGUUACCUUGCAUAAUAGUAAGGGGGUUUCUCUGUCUGUAGGUUUAAUAAACAAUCAGUCAGUUUUAUAUUAUGGUUGCCAUAGAAAUAAGCCAUAUAAUGCAUUAAGAUUGUGUUUCUAAGGAGGUCAAUUCACGAGAGGGUCACUUCAAAUAAUAUUGUGAGAAUAUUUCAAUAUGAUUGUGGUGAAAGAUCAACUUUUCUGUUUCAAAGUAGAGAAAGUUCAAACGGGCCAGGAGGCAGACAACAGUUUCUGAUCUUAAAAAUUAUAAUUUCAAAAAUGUAGUUUCAAAUUAUGGUCCAAUAAAUAUCAGAAAUGUUAGGAACAACAAGAACCUAACAAAACAAAAUAAUGAAUUUUCAAUAUUCAUGUAUAUUUUUUUCUUUUCUUUUUUCUCAAAAUUUGUUACGUCAAUAGAAGACUUUUGAGACGCUGGCGGCAGCAGACAUAGCGAUCCUUUGUUGCUGCUCUGAGCGUGCUCAGUAUUGGGUGUGCGCAGACCUACAAGCACGCAAUACUGUGAAAAAGCAAUUGGGCGUGCGCAGACCUACAAGUACGCAAUACUGUGAAAAAGCAAUUGGGCGUGCGCAGACCUACAAGCACGCAAUACUGUGAAAAAGCAAUUGGGCGUGCGCAGACCUACAAGCACGCAAUACUGUGAAAAAGCACUGUCUAACAGUCUCCCAUUUGUCUUUCAUAUUGAACGUUAGUUACUAAGAUCAGAAACCGUUGGCGUUUGUCCUUAUGUAAAAUGAAAUACAUAACAAUUGUGACGUAAAAUAACGGUGAAAUUUUACAGAUGGUUUCAUCUGUAGAAACAAGCCAAUAUUUUUCAAACUUUUUCUUGAGUUUGAAUCUUUUUCUAACGCUAAUUUUUUUUAUUUGUAUAAAACAAGCAUUGCUACCUCAUAAUGCACGGCAUUACAAUUGCAGUCAAAUUUCUCUCUUAGUUUUUUUUAUAAAACACAACUUUCUGCAAAUUAUUUCUUCUACCUCUAUAGCCACACCCCUCUUUGUCACAAGAUGCUUUACAAUCAAUCAGGGAAAUGCAUACAUUAAGCCUCAGCUAUUGAGAAUGACUGUAUUAUUAAGUGGCUGGCCUUUUGACCAAUUACAAUUGGCAUUAGUUAAUUAAUGCAAUAUUCAUGCAUUAUUUUAACAGUGAAGUCAUUCAUCUCAGGGUUUGAUCAACAAUAACAGUUCAGUUGAUUGGUUGAAAGUAACACAUGAAUCACUGACCAACCAAUCAAAUUAGUUUUUUCAAAGAAUUUGUUAUUCAGUCAAAUUUUUAUUUUUAUUUUUAAUUUCUUUUUUGCUCACAAACCAAUUUUACAAUUUACUAAAUUUUGACAAAGGUUGACAAACAGGUUACCAACAAUAUUUUAUCAGAUAAUGUGUUUUUAGACAAUGACAAUAAGGCUGGAGUGUAAAAUGAGCUGGUGCUUUUCAUUUAAAUCAUUUGGUCAUCUUGAUCUGUACAGGAAAGCCUGGGAACUAUGCAUUUAAAAUCUAAGAAGAAAAAAACCUUGGAGUGAGGCAUGUAGUAAAUGCUUUAAUGUCACUGGUCCCCUUCUGAAAGCGUUGGUAACCCUGUUUCUGUCACACCUGCAAUAUGAAUAUAAACCUAUCUUUUCUUCUUUGUUUUUUCAAUUUCAUGAAACCUAACAACUCAUAUGCAUUAUUAUUAUUAUGAACUCAUCAUUCAAACUUCUAACAGUUGAAGUAAGAGUAAAUCAAGUAAUUUUUCUUAUAUAUUUCAUUACUUCAUAUCAAUCAUCAAAAUAUUACCAUGGAAACUGUUAAGAAUCUUAAGUAGUAUUUGAAUGUUUGCGUGGUUGGAAUACAAUCUAGUGAUGUUUGUGGAAAUACCAUGACUUGUACUUCUGAAAACAACCAGUGGUUCAACAACUUGACGUUUUGAUUUUAAGUCGUGAUCGUCUUUAGGAAAAGAAGAUCAUUUUUCUCCUGAAGCUGAUCAGAGCUUACUGAUCAAAACAUUGAGUUGUUAAACCAGUGGAUUGCUAUUUAGGGUGAGUUAUUUAUAAAUGGCUUCUCCACAAACCACUCGAUGUUUGAGAAUCCUCCUUGUUUAUGUUGGUUUAUCAGUACUUUAAAUGUGCCUUAUUUCACUGGAAAAUUUGUUCAAUUUGCAAUUGCCAACUUAUUUUCAUGAAAUGUUUUCAAUAAUACUAUUUGUACAAUUAAUGUUGUUUUGCCAAAUUAAACCACCCCUUUUUAAAAUGGAAUAAUCAAAGAUCCCUUAACCAAUCAAAAUCCCUGAAGGUAACUGUUUUGUAAAGAAAGACAUGACAGGCUUGUUGAGAUGAAAUCACUUUCUUUUAGCCAAUCAAAGUUCUCCUUAAAUGUGUCACCCAUUCUGAAGGAAACAGUCGCUCUAUUGUAUCAAUAGAUUUGUUUACUGAUUAAUGAUUUAGUUCUAGACUGACAUUUUUAAAACCAUCUUGCCAAAACAGAUUUUAAUAUCCCACCAGGUUAUUAAACCUCCAAAUAUUUGUUUUACCUAAUUCUUGUUUGCGUUAAAACAAAAAUAAUCUAUCUGUAGUUCCAAAAUAUCAUGUUUGAACAAAAUCUGUAAGUCACAAAAAAUGUGAAGUUGCCUGCAAAAACAAAUAGUUUUUAAUUAACACUGGGAAAGGGAUUUUAGUCUUGAUGAUCUUCUUUUUAAGUCCCUUAUAAACAUCCCUUUCCUAUAAACUUUUUGAGAUAUUUUUUAACAUACAACUCUGCCAAAUUGUUUUUUGUGUCAACUAUAUAUUGCCAUGGUUACAUUACAACAAUGUUUAUUAUAGUUGAUAGGAAACCAUUGAAAAAUGUCUUGGUUUGAUAAUGAUUUUUCUUUCAUGACGUAAUAAAAAUUAUGAUUUGUUUAGGAAGUAGAUGGUGUGUUUAGGAUAAAGGUGAAUUGUUCAAACAAUAGUGUUUGUUGUUUUCUUAGAUAUUUGAGAUUCGUUUAUUUUUGUUCAAAAGAACGGUACUUUGUUUCAGCAAUUCUAAGGAAUGAUUUCCCUAUCUGCGAGGGUGAUAUGCUGAUAGGGUGAUAUGCUGAUGAAGUCAUACACCUUUGAGGGUAAUGGACAUACUCAAAAUGAUAACAAAGAAAUAAUGAACGAGUUAAAUUUACUGUUUAAAUAGCAUGAUGUUGUUGGUUGUGUAAGGAAAGGUACCUUUGUAAAUAUUGAAGUAACAAACUGCUUUAAUUAAAAUGUCAUAAAAAUGUCAUUAAAAAAAAAAUAAGGAGAAAAAAAGAAGAAAAAAAAACUUUGAUAUAGCCUCGUUAAACAGAGAGCAAUGCAUGCUGGGUAUUGGUUUCCACAUAAUAUUUUAUAGCAAUCUAUUUGGUAAAUGCUUGCUGUAAGUCUCAGGGGUUAGGAAGCCGAUUACCCAUAAUGCUCUUUGAGGUCAGAGGUCAAUAGUGACUUGUUGAAUAUUAAUGAGAUACCUUAAGUGGUACGAUUUGUGUACAAAAUAUCUUUUUGUAAUUUUGUGCAUAUCUGUUAUUUGUUUUUUCUUCUUUUUUGGUGUGUAUGUAAAAUAAAUGUAAAGUAGAGAGUUUGGCGUUCCCAUUAUAAGGUUAAUGGGGAAGGGGGGGUUACUAUUGUGAACUUUGCAUCCUGUUUUAAUGAUGUCUGGAAGCGUUAAUCAGGCCAAGUUGUUUAACAUAUGUCUUGAAAAUGAAGACGAGUUAAAAAUAGAUUCUAGUGGCUUGGUCCAGCCUUUUGUUUUUAUGUGAGUGUGGAAAAGAAAAUAUGCAAAUUUGGUAAAAGUUGAUGUUUAAAAAUGUUCUGCAAGAAGUCCUGUAAACCAGCCACUGUCUCUGAAUAUGCAAAUCAAUAAAUGUGUGGGUGAGUGCUGUUGAUUGGUCAAGUUGUUAAAAUGAUAUGAAUAUUGAUAUAUGCAGAUUUGGUGUCAUCAGUGGAUAAUACAUUUAUCUAAUUAGCUUACUCAUGAUGUCACAACUUUGGGUUGCUCAGUGCAUCACAUUUGUAUGGUUGUUAAUUAAUAUUAAUUUAUGCAAAUUGUGAUUUCCAUCACAUUUGUCUGAUGUUAAUGAAUAUUAAUUUAUGCAAACUGUGAUUGCCUUUAGUCUUAAGUGUGAUCUGACAAAUUUACUACCUCAAUUGAAUCAGUCAUUGUCACUAAACCCAGGUUAUAAUUUUAACCAAUCAGUUUGGUUUACUUAAACUGGUUUAAUGUACAGUAUAACCAUGGAGUUACAUAUAAGAACUAGAGGGCACAGUGGCUUAAUUACGCGGCCCAGCAUGCGAGCAUGCGGCCAUUUUGUAAGUUGAGCAAACAACAUCGCAUUGAGUGUAUUUAUCACCGACGUGUAGGCCUACUUCAUUUUCAACGGGCGUACAACGUUUAUCUCACAAAAUGACGCGCGUGUCUCCUUGCGGUCCCGUCGCGUUUGUGCCAAGACAUCAUUGGUACAUCGUCUGGUUCUUAUAUAUAACUCUAUGAAUAUAACCAGUUAUCUCAAAAUGGUUAACACAGUAUGCAGAAUUUAACCAGUUUAAAGAACAAAUCAGUUUAAAUAAACUGUUAAUAAAACCAGGGUUUAUUCUUUCUUUGCACUGCCCAGUUUCUUCCACUUUGCAAAAAGAGUAAAAAAAUGUACAGUUUUUAAACCGUAAAUUGAAAGCACACUAAAUUGAGAAAGUGUCUCUCAGGGCAUGUUUUGUUAUGAAUAGAUGUAGAAUCAGUGAACAAACUAGAUUAAAUUUACUUAUACAUUUAUCAGAGUUUUUUUCUCUACAAAAAAGAUAAUUUCAUAUUGUAUACUUGUAAGAUAUUCUUAAUAAAACUACUGUAGGAAUGGAGUCCCUUUAUGUUCGUUCGCUGAAGUUGGGUUGAUUACUCGACGAUAAUGAUUUAGGAAUGUAGAAGUAGGCAAAGCAAAAUAUGACAAUACAUCAAAUAAAAUUGGAACUAUAUUAAAACA